AUGCCUCUUUUUUGCUCAGGGAAGUGUCUCUGUCCCACCAGGAAGCUCUGCAGCCAUGGACAAGAUCAGAAGUGGCAUGAUAAACAGUACAAGAAAGCCUAUUUGGGCACAGCCCUGAAGACCAACCCUUUUGGAGGCAUUUCCCAUGCAAAAGGAAUUGUGCUGGAAAAAGUAGGGGUUGAAGUCAAGCAGCCAAAUUCUGCCAUCAGGAAGUGUGCUGGGGUCCAGCUGAUCAAGAAUGGGAAAAAAAAAAAAAAUCACUGCCUUUGUACUCUUUAUGGUUGUUUGAAUUUUAUUGAGGAAAAUUAUGAGGUUCUGGUUGCUGGAUUUGGUCACAAAGGUCAUGCUGUGGAUGACAUUCCUGGAAUUGGCAUUAAGGUUGUCAAAGUAGACAAUGCCUCUCUUUUGGUCUUAUACGAAGGCAAGAAGGAAAGACGAAGAUCCUCAGUUUUGAUGGUGAAAACACAACAGUAAAUUUUCAUUUACCAAAAAAAUAUAUUUCUAAUGAUGAAAAAUAGGUAGCCUCACUUAAAAAAAAACAAUAAACUGAAAAAUAUAUAUAUAAAAUUAAACCAUCUAUAAUCCAACCAUCAAGACUAACCAAACAGCUUGUAUCACCAUGCAUUCCUCCCAUCUGGUCUCCUAGGCAUCUACCCUUAGGAAGCUGACAAUCACACUGAAAAAUUUUCCAGACUAUUUUCUUAUA